GUUUCAUGUUUUAAGUCCGUUGAUUGUUAGAAACAUAACAAGAUACCUUGAGAAGAGUAAUGCUACAGACCUUUCCUAUGUUGAUACCAGUCGGUUUCUCCUAUUUGUUGUUAUCUGAAGCGCGAGGCUAAAUCUUCGUUGUCUCUAUAGAAACAAACCUAACAGAUUUUAUUUCAUACUGUGGAUGGGAUUAUCUUGGAUCAAAAUGGCUUUCUAUAGUGUUCGAGUUCUUUCUUUUCAUUCACCCUAUGUGAGAGGUCUUACCAACGACAGCCUGUCCUGCUGCAUUAAUGCUUUGCUUCAGUCUUUCAAUGUCACCACAGAACUGAUCGAGAUACUGAACAAAUGGCAUCCAUCAGAUCAGGCUGAGCUCAAUAAUGUACCCGGGCAGCUGAAGAAAGCUUUGAAUGACAUGAAAAUUUCAUCAAAUCCAUCUCCACACAUGCAUUUCCUGAACUGUCUUCAUCAUCACUCCAUACGCCGAUUUGAUGUACAUGAUGCAGACGAAAUAUUUCACACUAUUCUCAAUCUUACCCAGAAACAGAUGGCAGACAAAGACAUGGCUCAGGAAAUCCGGAAGCUUUUUGAGAUAAAGGUGGAGACCCAGGUGAUGUGUAAAACAUGCACAUACAUUCAAAAAGUGCCCAACUCUUUGUUUAGCCUCCCCUUGGCGAUCCGAGAAGAGGAAAAUGACCUGAAGAGCUGCAUUCAUUCUUUUAGCCAGAAGCAAACCCUGAAGGAUGAUGAUGAAUGUUACUGUGACAGGUGCUCAGAGAAGCAGCCCUCCACUCAUCAACUAAGACUUGUCUCGCUGCCUGGAGUGCUGUGUGUCCAUCUCAAAAGAUUCAGAAAUGAUUGUAGAUUCACCAGAAAACUCGAGAACAAAGUGACAUUCCCUGACACACUUCAGAAGGACAUUUUUGAUGCAGGACUUUUGGAAAAUGCUGAGUAUUACAGUCUCUAUGCAGUAAUAGUGCAUAUAGGAACUGCCUUAUUUGGUCAUUAUACUGCUUAUAUCCGGCCUGAUCAGGACUGGUACUAUGCUGAUGACAGCUAUGUUCGAAAAGUCUCCUGGUCAGAUGUCCAGGGCACAUAUAAAGGAUGCAAGACGGCCUACUUGCUUUUGUACAGAAAAAUGAGCCGGAGUGCAUCUGAAUAACUGAGAGGAACUCUGCAGACAAUGAGGACUUUUAUUUAUACCUCUAUAUCUCUAAAGACAUAUAAAAGAUAUAAUUAAACAUAUAAAUUAUUUAAAUACAAGGACCAAAAUCUAUUUAUAAUUAUAUUUUCUAUAUAGAGUAGUGUGGUGUUCUGUUUAGCAUGUGGUGUUAAUAAGAAAAUAAUAUAUGUAUUUGGUAUGGGUUUAUAAGUGUGUGCGUAUGUGCAUGCAUGCUUGUAUAUGGCUUUAUAUGGAUCAUAUAUAUUUUUUAGGUUGUUUAAUAAUUAAUAAUUGUUGAAUAAUAUUACAGCAUUGCAUACUUUUACAAUAUAUUUUAAUAUAAAGAAUGCAAUGUUUGGAAAAGAUGUUGCUUUUUACCUGUAUAUUGUAUUCAUGCAUUACUUCAGAUCUUUUCUCACAGUAAAUAUAUUUUAUGUAAACCAUAAAAUGUUUUUGUCUUCAUUUGUCCAAAAACACUCAAGUUAAUUUUUGUUAAAAUGCUUGUGUGGAAACACAUUUCAGACAUUUUCUGAUACACACGUAGGGGAGGUUUCCCGGACAGGGCUCCUAGUCCCAAAAUGCAUGUUUUAGCUGCCUUUAUAAAAAAAAGUCAAAAC